CUAAUAAAUGACAGACAGUGAAAGUGAGUAGUCUGCCGAUUCUAGGGAGGAUAUCGUCGGCAUUUCUUUAAAAAUGGAGUCAGUUUUACAACCACCUCCGCCAUUCUCGUUCGAGAACAAUCUAGUUAAUGUGACUUCCGGAAAUUUAAGUACAGAGUGGGACAAUUGGAAGAAAUCUUUUAAAAUCUAUUACGAAGCAUGCGAACUUUCAACGAAACCUAAAAAAGUGCAAGUCAAUAUAUUGUUGCAUGUCAUCGGAACCAAAUGUCGAGAGGUGUAUGAGCAAUUUACAAACGACGACACGGAUACGGUGGACGGCUUGCUAAAAAAGUUUGAUGCGUUUUUUGUUCCGGUAAAGAAUUUGGCAGUCGAAAGGCAUAAGUUUUUUAAAAGAGAUCAGAAGGAGUUAGAGUCAACCGAACAGUACAUUUUUGAAUUAAAUAAAAUAGCUGCCAAAUGCGAGUUUGGAGAUUUACGUGAUGGAUUACUGUGCAGCCGGUUCAUAUGUGGUGUGAGAGAGGUGACCCUCUCGGAACGGAUGCUGAGGGAACCCGACAUUACAUUAAAGAAAGCAAUGGACAUAUGCAAGUUAGCGGAGAUGUCAAAAAUGCAGGCGUUAAAUAUAAAAACAAAUAGUGUCGAACAACAUGUACACGAAGUUUCACAAAACAAUAAUCAACCCGGAAAUACAACCUGUGACGUGCAUGUAGUUAACAGACGUUAUGCCUCAGCGGCCAUAAACCGCCCGCGCCGGCCGCCUCACACACCGAUGCGAUCAAACGCGCCCAGCGGCGCUCGGGACAACCAGACAUAUCACACAAGAUCUUCAUUUUCCACUCCUAACACCAGAGAGAGGACGUUUAAUCGUCAUAACAACUCAUCAUCGCAAGCAACGUCAAGUGAACCGCAGAGAACUUUUAACGGUUGUAGUAAUUGCGGUCAUGCACACAGAAGGAUGGAGUGCCCCGCGUUCGGAGUACGGUGUAACAAUUGCAAUCGGAUGAAUCACUAUGCGAGAAUGUGUCGAUCGUCGCGUCGAGUGUACGAAAUACAGGAGGACUCCACCGAUCAGGUAAUCGCUCAAGUUAAUAAUGUUAACAGUGGCUGGUCAGUAAAUUUAGAGAUAAACAAAGGGUAUAUUACCUUUAAGCUAGAUUCUGGAGCGGAGGUAAAUGUAUUGCCUAAAAGAUUUUUAAGUAAAAUUCAGUUAACAAUAAAUGAUUUAACUAAAACAUCAACAAAGUUGCGUGGCUACUCUGGGGAAGAGAUUACCGUAUUGGGAAAAUGUUAUUUAAAAGUAACUUGCAAGGGAAAUACACAUUUUUUGAAGUUCAUAAUUGCCGAUGUAGAUUCGUGUCCGGUACUUGGCAGAAGUUCAUGCGUGGAAUUGAAUUUAGUUAAACUAAUUAUGUCUAUUAGCGAACAUUCUCCAAGUGAAAAAAUAUUAGACGAGUUUUUGGACAUUUUCCAGGGUAUGGGUUGUUUGCCAGGGGAAUAUAAAAUACAAAUACCU